AAAAUGAUUAAUAUUCAUAAAUUAUGUAAUAAAUUUUACAAAAAAUAAAAUUGUUAACAUAUGAUAAAUUUUAAUAUUUAGAACUAUAUAUCAUCUAUUUAGUUAUUUUUAAAAUGACAGUAAUAUAUUAUCAUAAAUUAUUAUAUACAAAAUAAUAUAAAAUUUUAUAUUUAUAAAUGAAAUGUUACCCGCACGGGUGUGCUCAGGACGCUCAAAGACCACCACUUCAUCAUCACCGCUUCUUCCAACGGAGAUCAUCAAUCGAUCGAGAUCUCAUCCUUAACACAAACGAAGCCACCACACUCAGAACCAUCUUCCGUCCACCGGAGAGCAUCAUCAAACGAAUCGAGAUCUCAUCCGACCAUUAACACACAGAAAAAAUAAAUAAAACCAGAAGCCCUAGAAACACUGCCUCCUUCUCAUGGGACAUCCCGAGCCGAAUACAACGACUCCCGCAGAGCCAAAACCACCAAACGCCUUCAUAGACAAAGACCACGGAUGCCGACGAUACAGAGCUAAGAGAGCCUCCGCCCCCCGGGAACAAGAGCCGGCGACAGCGGAGCUAAAUAAGCUUCCACCACCCGGAAACCAAGUUAAAAGGAAAAAACGCUUUCUACCUCUCCAAAAUAGGCACAUCAAAUCGAGAAAAGGAUCCAAAAACAGACAGGGGAACUCAACGCCGGACCGAUGGUGGCUGUGGAAGCCCCUCCAUCGGCCGGAAACCAGAUCUCACUUUGUAUAUAUGAAAAAUGUAUAACAAAACAUGCUAUUUUCUAAUUUGUUGGAUAAUUUUUGUAAUUAAUUGGAAAAGUUAGGGGCAUAAUCCUAAGAAUAAUUCUGCUUUAAUAGUAUAGACUAUUGAAAGAUGAUAUUAAAUAUAUUUCGGCAACUUCAUAUAAAAAAAUUUUAAAUAAGACAUAGGCAUUAUAAUGAACUCCAAUAUAUUUGGUAUAGUUUUUUUGGUAACAGGUUUUUGAUGGUGUUAAUAGGGUUUGAAUUGAGUUAGAGUUUGAAUAGAGUUUUAGGGUAUAGGGUUAGAACACUAAAAAAUUUCAAUCGGUUAGUAAACAUACGCGAAAUGGGCUUAAAUUUUUGAUGGAUACAUUAUUUAAAUUAUUGAUGGAUAAAUUAUUUAAAUUAUUGUGCUGUUUUGUUUAGUUGGACAAAAACAUACUAUUUUCUAAUUUGUUGAGCAAUUUUUGAAAAACUUAGGGGCAUAAUCCUAAGAAUGAUUAUGUUUUAAUAGUAUAGAUUUCGGCAACUUCGUAUAAGAAAAUUUUAAAUAAAACAUAGACAUUAUAAUGAACUCCAAUAUAUUUGGUAUAGUUUUUUGGACAACAGGUUUUUGAUGGUGUUAAUAUGGUUUAAAUUGAGUUAGGGUUUGGAUAGAGUUUUAGGGUAUAGGGUUAGAACACAAAUGAAUUUCGAUGGGUUAGUAAACAUACACGAAAUGGGCUUAAAUUUUUUGUGGAUAAAUUAUUUAAAUUUCUGGGCUAUUUUGUUUAGAUGGACAAAAACAUGCUACCCCUAUCGACUCUCAUGGUGGGAAACUAUUAAGGCUCCGAAUGGUGACUGCGGUUUGAGCGGUGCGGAAUAAGCGGUUCAACUGCGGUGCAGUUUUAACAGUUAUAAAAAUGUAUAGAUAUAUAGUAUAUGUAGAAAUUUUUGUUACUGUUAACUGCGGGGCGGAGCGAGACGAUGGCCACCAUUCGAAGCCUAAGUAUAGAAGUUUAGCACAAAAAGACUAUUAAAAAUGGAAAGCAAUUUAAUGGAGAGUUUGACCAUCGUUAAAAGCGACAUCCAAUUAAGAUUCUGUCUAAAUGGAAGUUUUUAUUUAUUCUUAUUUUAAUUGGAAAACUUGGUGGCCAAGUUCCUUGCUCUGUAUGUCUAGGGGAUUUAGGUGGAGAUAAUGUGAACAUCUCGAGUUACGGUUCUUUCUUCUUCUUUGUUUUCUUUGUUUAGUUAAAAUUUAUUGCUUAUCUUUAGCUAAGAACAUUCAUGUCUCUCCUUCUCAGCCACUCUCCGAAGAUCUUCAUUCGAAAACCGGUGUUGGUAAGAGCCUCUGCUGGCCGCUCAUCUUCCCCGCUGCAAACCCCUCCUUGUUUCGUCCGUGGCGAGGAUCCUUGUGGGCCGGAUCAUGUAGAACUCCGUAUUGCAUAUGCUACUAGAUUUUUUCCUAAACUGACAAAAAAGGCGCCUGUCGAGUUGGUGUAUAACGAUGCUAGUGAUGCAGCGGUAACAACAAUCGGGUCCUCUCACGGCUGGGUAGCCUCUUUGAUGCAUGACGUAGGCACUCUGCGUCUCCAUGAUGAUCUAAACCCCGUUGCUUCGAACUCAGAUCCAAAACGCAUCUCCCUGCCUCCUCUUGUAACUUUGCCUCAUUGCCAAACCCAAAUCAUCACCAACGUUUCCUUGUCCUCACUAUCUCCAGAGGAAGAAGAUUGUGUCGUGGCUGUCAAGUUCUUGGGACACCAACUCAGCUUUUGCAGACCCGCUUCUCAAAGCAACUCCAAGUGGUUCAACAUCAAAAUCGACAACCCAUGUUUCUUCUCCUCCCGUGUCAUGUUCUCCAAGAGACAUAACAUGUUUCGCUUACCUGGAGCGGGAGGCCAACUCAUUGGAUCAUGGGAUCUCUGCGAAGACAAGCACACACCCAAGUUUCAGGAGUUGCGAUAUCACAACCUUCCCGAGCUGAGCAAAGCUGAACGUGAGACUAUGCACUCCUGUUUCACGAGCGAACACUUGGUGGAAUCUCGAUCCACUGGUGAAACUUUUUUGGUCAAGUUGUUCAGACAGACCGUGGACGGUACCAGUUUGAAAGUAAAAGGUACCAAAUUGAAAACAAAAGGUGUAAUGGUGUUCAAGGUAGACGACCAUGGAAAUGCAGUGUACACUCAAGACAUUGGAGAUCUCGCCAUCUUCCUCUCAAAGUCUGAACCUUUUUGUGUCGGUGCUAGCUCUAUUCCUGGAGUGCUUCCUAACUAUGUCAAUAUCUUGGAUGUCAGGGAGCUGGCAUAUUUCAAGCUUACUGAUUCUUCCCUAAUAAGUUAUACUCACAGAUUCAAGGCCCCUUACUUUUGUCCACCUCAAAAUAUAGAAUAUUAAGUUUGGGAUUUGAGUCGAGUCUGGUAGAGUCUCUGUGUUUUCUUUAAAAUUUUCAACCAUCAAAAUAAAAUAUGUCUUAGUAUAUUCUCUGUGAGAAUAGAGUUCCAAUUAAACAAAAUUAAUUAAUAUCUCAAUAACUUACAACACGUGUUUUGUUCUUCAAGAAACUCUUUAGUACAAGAACUCAAAAACGAAGAAAAAAAUCUCAUUGCCACGCAUCUGUUCACAUGUUCCACUAUCCUCAAAACUGAUUCUUUCUCCACACCGGCACGUACAUGGCCUUUGACCACCAUGCUAUUGAAAAUGCUCGUACCUCGAUGUAGUAAUGAGGUUAUAUGUUAUCUUAGGUCUUCUGCUCUCAAGAUUGGUUCUUUCCCCUGGCAAGAACAGAGUUGGUACUUCUGAUAGAUGUGCUUUCAUCUGAAAAUAUGAAAAAACUCAUGGAAGCAUCUUUUCUGGUAUUCUCUUAUCAUUCAUACAACACUACCAAUAGGAGCUGAUCCACUAUGUUUUGAGACUGAGUGUUGAUAUUAAUUGAAAACAAGCAGAAUCUUUGUGGAAUAAACAUUAUCCUGUUCUAGGCUUCCAGCCUUGUUCUAGGAAAUCUGAGUGGCAUUCAUUUUCUCUCUUUUCGAAUUAAGAACUGACUAGAAAAGUGUGUCUUGCUUAUUCUUAUGUUGAGCUGAUGCCUCUGCUUAUCAGGUUUGAGACGGACCUUAGCAAAGAAGCCUGUACAUGCCAUUAAAGUUAUUGAUCUGGAAGAACCGUAAGUAUUUUGUGUUUCUAUAUGUUUUUCAAUAUGUAGUCAUCACUUCGCUUUUGGAUAUUAUUAUGUUUUGCUAUCUAAUAAAUUUGAAUAUUUGUGUCAACAAUCUUGUAUAAGCUACUUUUUGCGAUUCUCAAAGGUAUUAAUUUGUCUGUAAACCACAAUGAUCAACUAGACCUUUUACUUCAUAUGACAGAGAAGACGAGAUUGAAGAUAUACAGAAGCUAUUUCUUGGAUUAAGGUAAUUGUUUUGGUAAUUAUUAGCAAAUAUUGUCAAUUAUUAGCUAUGAUUGUGGUGUUCACUUUGUCUUAUUAACCCCACGAAGUUUCUGCGACAUUUCCCAUACAUUACUGAAUACUAUGGUUCUUACCUCCAUCAGACCAAGCUAUGGAUCGUCAUGGCUGGUGGCUCAGUUGCUGACAUUCCAUUUCUUCCCUGAGUUUAGAAAUAUAAUUGUUUAUACGGUGCAGCCCCGUCUUAAACUAUUUGAUAGCCUUGGUCGAAACUCCGAAAAUGGACCCUUUUAUAAAAGUUUCUUCAAGUUUUCUUCAUUCCAUUGCCUUGACCGUGAUCAAUUCUUCGACGAGUAUUGUGUCCACUCUUUUUUCAUGACCUGAAACAAUUAGAAAAAGAGGUAUCAAUUCUUUAAAAACAAAAAGACAAUCACAUAAAACUUUUUUUCUAGCUUCAGUUGAUGCAAAAUCAUUAAUAAUCGAUUCAAAAUUCAUACUCUCUAAGACUUAUUUUUCUAUGCAUAAAAUUACUAAACCAUUCAGUCUUUCUUGAGAUAUUGAUGAUCUCAAAUAAUUAUUCAACAAUUUUAGCUUAGAAAUAUUUAUUUCAGCUGAUGCAACUGUCACAUGUGUGGUUAGUAAAAUUCAUAGUUUUUACCAACUCAAGAACCUGAAUAGAUGUUAUUGAUUCAUCGGACAAACUCACCUGCAACAUUAAAAAAUCAUCUGACUAAUCGUCAUGAGGGAAUGUUUUAUAAAAAUUGGUGCAAUCUUCUCUUAAUUCAACAACAUCAUUUCGUCAAAAAAAAAAUUCAACAACAUCAAGUGAUUUUAGCUUCAUUGAAUUAUAUAAAAAACCAAAAACAUUUCAAAUGUUCUCAUUUGUUCAAAUCUAUCAUUCAACGAAAUAAUUACCAUAUCCACAAAAAUAAGAAAAUAAUUGUUUUUAAAAUCAUCUUCGACUGUUUGAAUUACUUCAUUAUAAUUAGUUUCAUCAAAUUUUUUUUUUCUUUCUAAAACAGACGCUUUUGGGAAAUAUAGCAUCAAUAUCCAUAUUUCAUGAGCAAGAUCUUAGCCAUGUUCAUACUAGACCUAAAUCCAUCAUUUCUAUAUUUCUCAUCAUGAGAUUCCACAUUUGUUUUUGCUCUAGAACUCUCAGUAUUUAUAUUUUUUCGUAACAAACUUAUCAAAAGCUCCCCUCUGAAGUUCUACAAAUUGUUCAUGAAGUUUUUUUUCUUUUUCUCUUAUCAUUUCCACACAACACCAUAUAUUUUAAAUUUAAAAGAACAAUAUCACCUGGAAUUGAUAUGUCCAUAAUAGGCCUAGUCCAAAAUACUCAACAGACCCAACAAAAAUUAUGUAACUGCAACAAAAGUAUCAGAAAGAGUUAUAAUAUAAAAAUCUGAAACAAUAAACUAAAAAAAUAAAAGAUAUUGAUAUAAUCAAUUAAACAAACCUCUACUUUGAAAAAGGAUCUCACUAACUGAUCAGUGAAUAGAAUAUACAUUUUGGUUUAUGAUUUGUGUUUUUCGCUGGAUUCAAGACUCAAGAGCUUCUCUUUUACAGUCAUCAGUAAGAGCAUGAACAUCAAUGAACCCCCAUUUAGGGUUCAAGUUUUCAAUUUUUUAUUACUAAAAACUUUUUUUCUGUUUGAUUUAAAAAAAAAAAAGAAUCAGACCAAUUAUGGGCCACCACGUGUCGUGGGGCCCACAAAACAGUGAUGAACUUACCACAGAAAAGUUCACCGCAGAGAGUUCAGGAGGACCAGGUUCAUGAGAGAGGGGUUAUUUUAAUAUAUUUUUUUCCUGGCAAACGUGUGAACUUACCCCAUGAACCCCUCAUGUACCUUUGAUGUACAUGCUCUAAAAUUAGAAAAAAGAAAGCAUAUAGAUCUUUUUCUAGUUUAUUAUUUUUGUAGAUUAAUUAGGUUUAGGUGAGUAUGGGCUUUUUAUUAUAGGUUUACUAAACUAUUUGAUCUUUUAAUAAAUUGAUGUGAUCCUUUUACAAUUAGUAAAGUUAAGCUAAAAACUUUUUUUUAACCCAAGAGCCCAGGGCCAUUGCCCCACUUGCCAUACUCCAAAGCCGGGACUGAUAUGGUGAUGCACACAUCUGUGGAGUUCUUAUUAAGACAUAUAUAUAUUAGCUAAUAAUAAGUCACUAGGUAGUAACCCGCGCCCUGCGCGGAGUGAUGGACUAAAAGAGAUUAUAACUUUAAAAAUAUAUAAAUUAAUUUAUUGGUGUAUUUUAAUUAUAUUUUUUAGAAAUACAUAUAAAAGAGUUAGUAAAGACUUAUAUAAAUUUAUUAUGAAAUUAAGAUAUAACAAAAAAGCAAGAGCAUUAUUAUUUUUUUGAACACAAAGCAUUAUUGUUUUCAUAAUAUAAAUUAUGAAUAUAAAAUAAAACGAAACAUAUGCAACAGAAUAAUAAAAUACGAAAGAAACAAAUAAAAAAUUGAUAAACCACAACUACUAUUAGAAGUGUCUUCAAAACUCUUGGUAUGCAAUUCUAUAGAAAGCAUAACAAAGUAUCAACUUACCAAACUAAACACAUAUAUUUACCAAAUUCAGUAAACGAAAUGAUAUACCUCUUUCUGAAAACAUUGAUUUCUAGAAUAUCAUUAGGUUCAAAAAUAAUUUUUGAAACCCAUCAAUGUUAAUCACAUUCUUCAAUCGACCUUAUCAUGAUAAAGAAACAAUGUAAGCAAAAUCAGAGACGAAAUUAAUGAUUUUUGUUUAUGUAGAAAAAUAGUAGGUUUUGAUGUGGAUGAAUUUCAGUCUAAUGUUAUAUAUAGGGAUCAUUUAUAGGGUUUUGCUUAUGAAAGAUUAUAGAGAAAAGAGUAUUAACUCGCCUAAAUCAAAUCGAAUUAAUCCCUAACUUUUAGCUGCCAAUUUUAAAAUUAUGGAAAGUAAUAUAAUUAAGAAAUCAACAUAUAGGAAACAAAAUUAACUUUGUAAAUUAACUUGAUCGAAUAUAACCAGAUUGACAUGUUGUGAUGGGUUGAGUCCUUAAUUUUAGAAUCUUGGUGCUUAAUCUAAUUUCCAUAAGAAUACUAGUCUGAGUCAAAAAUUUCCUAUAAUAAUUUUUCGAAUACUAAUUUGUGCAUAUAUAACGGAAAGUAAUGCCAUAUAUAUUGUUAUACAUUCAAUUAUUUGGAAUAUUGGGCAAAUAUUAUUAAAUUGCAUUGAAAAAUUUCUAUAUAUAUAGUCACUAAAGUUGUUUGGGCACCACCUAGUCGUGGGGAUGAAGAUACAUAAAGUUUCAAUUUUAAUUUUAAUAGUUGAUAUCUUACAAUUAUAUAAAACUCAAGUAUUGUAUAUUAUAUAUAAUAUUUAAACUAUACGCAUACAUAGUACAUACAAGAUUAAAAAAGGAUUAGAUUAUGCAUUAUAUUAUAUAUUAUAUUUAAAUUAUACGCUUACAUAGUACAUAUACCAUUAAAAAAGAAGUUAGAUUAUACAUUAUUAUGUAGUAAACUAUAGUUUAUUAGAAAUAUAGCAAUUUUCUACAACGUUGAUCAAUAUAUGGUCCUAUUUUUUUCAAACUACGAAAUGUAUUAUCACUCCAUAUAAAAACUCAUAUUAUUCCAUAUAAAACUCAUACACCAAUACUAUAUUUGUAGAAUGUUAAUCAUCCAAUAAGAAAUAAAAACUUGUUUACAAUGCGAUAUUGAUUACAAUACAGUUGACUAUUAUUGUUAGGUUGCAAAAAAAAAAUACAGCCAAGAAAGAAUGAGAAAAUAUAAGCAUAAAAGCAAUAAAUACAUUUUUAAAAUUCGUAUAAAAAUAAGAGAUAUAUGUAUAAUCUAUCAAAACCAAUUAUAUUAUUCAUAAAUAUGAAACUUAAAUGUCCAAUGGCACUAUAUGUAAUUAGUCUAUGCAAGCAAGGGUUAUUCACUAAAUGCUAUGAAAAGAGAUCUCAUGAUGACACAUAAGUAAUAGCAAUCUUGAUAAUAACACAUGAGGCAAAGAUUUAUUAUUUAGAAUGCUCUUCAAAUAAUAGUAAAGGGAUAACUGACAAUUAAUAUAUUUUUAAAUGUCAUGGUGAAUAUUUCAACAGUUAGACUACUAUAGUUUACUUUCUUGUAAUUCAAUUACAACAGUCAAUUUUUUUACUAAAAUACAAUUCAAACAUAAUAUCUACAUAAUAUGAUACACCAAUGUGUAAAAUAUAUUCAGAUGGAUUACUCACAGGAUAUAAUCAAUUUAUUUCAUAAUUUUAUUAUAGUAACAAUAUUUAUGUUGUAUUCAAUAGUAUUCAUUAUUCAUUAAAUAUCAAAUAUAAAAUAGACAAUUUUACAAGUACAAAUCAGAAUUAACAUAACCUUACCAUCAUAACCGCAAAUAUCAUAAUCAUAAAGUAAUCAUUUUGGUCAUAGUGAUAUCAUUAUCAUCAUAGUAUUUUCAGCAUUGCCAACAUUCUUAUAUGAUCAUCAUAACCAUCAUCAUCCUACCAUGUUCAACACAUCUAUACUAUUAAAGCAGAAUUAUUCUUAUGAUUAUGCCCCUGACUUUUUCAAUUAAUUACAAAACUUUCCAUUAACUUUUUCAAUUGUUUUUAAUGGUUUUCGAAAAUUAAAAGCCCAACAAAUUAGAAAAUAGCAUGUUUAUGUCCAACUAAACAAAAUAGCCCAAAAAUUUAAACAAUAUAUCCAUCAUUUUUUAAGCCCAUUUAGUGUAUGUUUACUAACCCAUCCAUAUUCAUUUGUGUUCUAACCCUAUACCUUAAAACUCCAUUCAAACCCUAACUCUAUUCAAACCCUAUUAACAUCAUCAAAAACCCAUUGUCCAAAAAACUAUACCAAAUAUAUUGGAGUUUAUUAUAAUGCCUAUGUCUUAUUUAAAAUUUUCUUAUAUGAAGUUCCCGAAAUAUAUUAAAUAUUAUCUUUCAGUAAUAUUAAUUAUACUAUUAUAGUAUAGGGUUAGCAUAUUUCGAAAUCAUUGGUUUUCAAUGUUAUUGACCUUUGAAACAGCCAAUAAUAUGUAAAUAUUUAUAUUUACCAAAUUUGGUAUACAAAUAUAAAUAUAAAACGUAAUAAACAGAAACUCAUUGAUUUUCGGAUUCAAAUAAAAUAAAUUCCAAGAAUAUUCUCUAUAACAUCCAUUUUCGUAAUUGCUACAUACAAUGAAUUCAAAAGAUAAUAUAUAUAAACAAGAUUUUCCGAUUUAACUAAAUUAACUUGAUGAACACGGAGAGAAUAUAUUCUGUUUGACAUGAAAACUGAAUUUUCCGAAUACUAAUCUUAAAAGAUAGAGAUAUUCGAUAAUAAAGAGAAGAUCCCCCAACUUUCUCUUCAAGUUUCUCCUAAAACCUAAGCAUUCUGUUUUGUCGGUUUUAGGAUACUUAAACAUGUUUUGGGUUGGGUUAUAGAAAACAAAUUUUGGUCGUUGAUUUGUAAGCCCAAUUUACCAGUAACCCUUCAUGUAAUUUUUGAUCCUAUAGGCUUUAUAAGCGCAGUUUUAGGAAGGAAACGUCUUUUGUAGUUCACAUGGAUCAAUAUCUCCCAAUGUGGUUCACAGAGUCAAUAUGAGUCUGUAAAAUUGAUGACAAAAAAAAAAUAUUCGUUAACAUAAACAUGGAUAACUUUGAUUUUAUUAAAAAUGGUUAUUUUUAUGAAUUAAUUUUAAAAUGGUUCUUAUCUUGUAUUAUAAAUGUUAAUUUUAAAAUAAAAAAUGUUGAUAGUUUUCGGGAAGUUAUUAUAUAUUGUAAGAGUUUUAAAUAUAAUUUAUUUUUAUUAUUAAAAUCAACUUAAAUAUAAAUAGAUUUAUAAAAGAUAAGAAAGAUUACUAUGUAAGAUACGGAUUUCUCAAUACAAUGAAAUCACAAGAAUAUUAUAUGUUAAAUAUUUAAAUUUACACGAUUUUUUUCUAAAAAUACAAAAAAUGUGAUUUUUAACCGUAUUAUCCAAAAACAGGUACCAAACCAGUACCAAAUUAAACUCCAAAAUAUCGAGUUUUUAAUAUUUUUAUCCCAAUCAAACUAAGAGCUAAACUAAUUAAUCCGAAACCAAACCUAAAUUCACAAAUAAUCGAACGGUCCCUAUAUUUUUUAAUUCGAAAAAAACAAAAUCACAACCAAAACCGAAAACCAAAAAAAAAUACAAAUUACAGUCAAACUGAAAAUUGAACGCACAUGCCUAAACAUAUUAGUGAACAAAUAGAUGGAUUAAUAAAUUUCAACAAAAAAUAUCCCGCGCUUUCAAAACGCGGGUCAAAAUCUAGUUUUUCUUCAUAACAUGAUUUUAUUGAUGCUUAUUAUGAAUAACUAGCGAAUGUAGAACGAACUAUGUCAACUAAACAUUCAACAUGAACCAAUCAGAUAAUGUCUAUUCAAAUACACCAAUCAAAACACUUGUGAUCAUAUCAAACUAUCAAUAACUAUUAUGCAAACUAUAUUUUAAUGCAUUUUGCAAAUGUAAAAACAUGAUUCGAUAAAUUUUACAAAUCAGAAGUUAGAUUAAUCGUCGGUAAGAUCUCUUGAUAGAUUAGUUGAAUUUUGGUCUAGACAUCUUGGGUUAACAAAUAAAAAAAUCAUCGUAAUUUCACAUUUAUCCAUUAUAAAUAAAUUAUACAUUGUCCUGCAAAAAAAUGUGACACUGUUGUUUUCUACCGAAAAAAUUAUCUCAGUUCUCGGGAAAAUAAGAAUAUAAUAUUGUUCAUAAAGAUACAUGUCCACAGCGAUAAUUCAUUAAUUUCAUGAAACUAUUUCCAAAACAUGUAUGUAUAUACAUACGCAUUUCGAAUAUGAGAACAACAGUGCACUAAACUCGACCAAAAUUUCAAGACAAAGAUCUCGCUAGGCAUUAGCUAGAGACCACGAAAUCUUAUCAUUGAAAACUCAUGCGGGAUAAUCGUUUAUACUUCUCUUUAGUUUAUAGUCUUUGUUUAGCAUUUGAUGAAGCUCAUAUGAAUUAAAAACUCGGCAAUUAGGAGAAAAUAACGUUGUGUAUUUUAUAUUUAAGCUAAAUUUAAAAUUAAAAAAGAGUUGUAAAAUAAAAUUUUGAAAUCAUUUUCAUUGUUUUAUUUUAUUUUGAAUGAGAUAUGCCCAUCAUAGUAAUAGGAUUUUGAUUGAAUCUGUGAAAUGUGUUCGAUUUAAAUAGUUUGUGCAUUUAGUUGACCAAUUAUAUAUAUUAGGGGUGGGCAAAGAAGCCGAACUGAACCAAACCAACCGAACCGAAACCGAUUCGAACCAAACCAAAGUCCAUUUUAAAUCAUUCGGUUGAAGAUUUUCCCAACCAGAACAGUUCGGUUCGGUUUUAAACCGAACCAAUAAACCGAAGUGUUUUAUAAUUAUUUAAAUUAAAAAUAUUAAAAAUAUCAAGAUAUUAAAAUCCUAAUAUUAAGCCGACGUAAUUUCUUUUUUUCAAUAGCAUAUAAUUUUAAACCCUAAAGGCUAAAACUAAAACCUAAACCAAGUCUAAUUAAAAACAGACUUAUUAUUGGGUUCACCCCUAGGGUGAACCUCUAAGUGAACCUCUAAGUUCACCAACUAAUAGGAUUAUGUUAUUUCAUAUUAGAUAUCUUUUAUAUAAAGAAACAAAAUAUUAUCAAGUUAUAUUAUGUUUUUAAAAUAAAAAGGUAAAAAGAAAUAAAUAAAAAAUUGUAGUAAUUACAAAAAAAAAAUUAACCAGAAAAAAAACUAAACCCUAAAUCCUAAUUUUUAAACCAUAAAUCCAAAAUCAUAUACCCUUGGGUAAACUUUAAACCCUUGAAAUAUCCUAAACAAAUCAAAAAAUACUAAACACUAAUUAAAACACUCAAGGGGUUAGGGUUUUAGUGUUGAGUGUUUUUGAUUUCGAAUUUAUGAUUUAUCCAAGAGUUUAGAGUUUAGAGUUUACCCAAGGAUUUAGGGUUUAUGAUUUAGGGAUUAGGAUAUAGGGUUUAGUGUUUUGCUGACGACAUUAAAAAUAUAUAUUUUUAAUUCUUUUUUCUGUAACUACUAUUUUUUUAUUUUUUUUUUAUUUUUUUAUUUUAAAAACAUAAUAUAACUUGAUAAUAUUCUGUUUUUUUUUCUAAAAGAUAUUAAAUUUGAAAUAAUAAAAUUUUAUUGGUUGUUGAAUCUAAAGGUUGAGGUGAACCCAAGAAUAACUCUUAAAAACAAACUUCUUCACAGCGUCUCUUUUCUGCGUCUCCUACUCUCCUUCCUGCAUAUUUUCCUUUUGUUGGUGUCAAUUCUACUAACUUCAGGUGAGAUUUUUAAUAUCAAGUUCUAAGAAUUUGUUACAUAUAUUUAUACAACUGAAAAGUGAAAACAUCAAAUUAUUCUUUUAGCUUACUAACGAUUUUUCAUAUGUCUGUAGAUGGAUAAAGGAAAAACGAUCAACAAGAAAAGAAAAGAGUCUGAUUCUCCGACACAGUCUAUAAAGUUUAAAAGAAAACUGCCUACAAGAUCGCUUGCAUGGAAUGUUUUUACUAUGCUUGAAGAUGAUGACUCGAGGUGUUCCUGCAACUACUGUGGUAAAACAUAUUCAUGCAAUCCUGCUACAAGUAGAACUACUAACUUGAAUGUACACAAAAAUAAACUAAGAGAAAUCCGAUUAAACCGAACCGAAACGCAAAUCGAAUCGAAUACAAACCAAACCGAAUAUAAACUGAACCAAAAAUAAACCGAACCGAAUAUAACCGAACCGAAACCGAUCCAAACCAAACUAACUAUGGUUUACUUCAGUUGUAAAAAUUCUAGAACCGAACUAACCAAACCGAACCAAACUCGAAUCGAACCGAUAAAAUAACCAAAGUGCCCACCCCUAAUCACUACAAGAAAACGUAGCAGUAACAACGGUAUUUUACGAGGAAAUUAUUUCCUCGUAAAUUUACAUAAGCUUUACAACGCAAUUACGACGCGACAUGACUUCGUCGUAAACUCGAUGGUAAUUUACGACGAAAUGUAUUCGUCGUAAAGUUAAUGUAAGUUUACGACGAAAGUACGUGGAAUGCAAAAUAGUUGUAAACGUUACAUCGACAUUACAACGAAUCAUGUUACCGUUACAUAAAGGUGAAAACGUGUAUUGAAAGUGCUUUAACUUACCUAAGUUCGUUGUAAACGCGUUGUAAAUUUUCCAUGUAAAAUCCAUGUAAAACUUACCAUAUUUCUCUAUAUAUAUGUCAUUUCCCACAACUCUCUUCCUCACAACACACAACUCUCUUCCUCACAACACACAACUCUCUUCUUCUCGAACCACCAAUUACUAUUUCGAAGAUAACGAUAACGAACAUGAGUCAUUCGUCUGUCUGCCAAUUCAGUAGAGCGAUAAGGAGAAAAUGGAGGGAAGUGAAGUUGGUUUAUACUUGAGUGAAACCUCCGACCAUCGUCAAAGGUUCCUCUCAA